AUGAACGGUGCCAUUGGCGGAACACUCACUCAACUCCCGGGACAGAGAUCCGUCUCGCUCAGGGCGCGCGCAAUGCCACCAGGGCACGAGUGGGAUCUGACCGGUGGUUGGGUUCCGCCGGAUCGGGAGGCAAAGAGACGCAGAGGGGUCGUCGAUGUCGACGUCGACAAAAUCAUUGGAGAUCUCCUCCAACUUGAGAAAGAAUCGCCAGUAGACGGCAGGCAAGUGCCCAUGGAUGAGGGUGAUCUGUUCAAUCUCAUCGACCUGGCACGUAAGAAAUUCGCUGAGCAGGACAUGCUCCUGCAUCUGGCUGCCCCUAUGCAGGUGGCGGGCGACGUGCACGGCCAAUAUUUCGACCUCUUGCGCUUGCUGACCUUCGGAGGCUCCCCUGAAGAUGCAAACUACCUCUUCCUUGGUGAUUAUGUUGACAGGGGAAAGAACUCCAUUGAGUGUAUUGCACUCCUCUUUGCAUUUAAGGCAAAGUAUCCGGAAAAGAUAUUCAUGCUUCGGGGCAAUCAUGAAUGCGCAUCCAUCAACCGAAUCUAUGGCUUUUAUGAAGAGUGCAAGAGGCGCUACAGCGUCAAGCUAUGGACAAGCUUCGGAGAUGCGUUUCAGUAUAUGCCUGUUUGCGCGCUCAUCGAUGAUCGAAUUGUGUGCAUGCACGGUGGCUUGUCACCGGAUCUGAUUAGCUUCGACCAGAUCGAGCAAAUCCAGCGCCCAGUCGAAGUUGGCGACACAGGUCUUCUUGCGGAUCUUCUGUGGUCGGAUCCAUCUCCCGGUGUGGAGAAGUGGGGAGAGAACGAUCGAGGUGUCUCAUUCACCUUUGGUCCGGUAGUCGUGAAGGCCUUCUUGAAAAAGCACAACUUGGAUCUUAUUGCAAGAGCACAUCAGGUUGUGGAGGACGGCUACGAGUUCUUCGCGGGAAGGCAAGUCGUAACGAUUUUCUCCGCUCCCAACUACUGCCGUGAGUUCGACAAUGCCGGUGCUCUGAUGAGUAUCGAUGCUGAGCUUCGGAUCUCGUUCUACGUGCUGAAGCCAGAGUUUAGGCCAGCUUGA